UAGGCCGGAAGUUCUUAGUUAGUCGCGUGGAUUCGAAUGAGAGAGGGAUAGAGAUGGCUGUGCUUCAUUUCUAUGAGUGUCCAACUGAGCUGCCACCUGUCGACCUGGAGAUCCUUCAAUCUGGAAACCCUCACGUGGGAAGGAUUGAGUACAUCAACUGGGAACUGUGCUUCAAUGUAAACUGGACAGGUGCUGCACUCCCCAGUCCACAGGACGGACAGAAGCUUGCCUGGAUUCUGCAAUCCCCUUUCAGCUCUAAGACCAUUUCUACAGAGCCCUUCCUGAGAGAGUGUGAUGGGGACCUGCUUGUGGAGAUUGGGCCAAGACUGAACUUCUCGACAGCCUGGUCGACCAAUGCAGUGUCAAUCUGCAAGUCCAUUGGUUUGACAGCGGUGGACCGCAUCGAGUGCUCCUGCCGGUAUCUCCUGAAGGUCCGGGAGGCUGAGCAGGGAACCGCAGCCCAGUGUGAGCUGCUGGCUGCUUUCUAUGAUCGGAUGACUGAGUGCAUUUAUGAACACCCCAUUGAGAGUUUCUGCGUGUCAGUACGACCUGCACCUGUGUAUGAAGUAGAUGUGGUGAACGGAGGAAAGAGUGCACUGCAGAAGGCAAAUCAGGAACUGGGGUUAGCCUUUGAUGCCUGGGACCUGGAAUAUUACACUGGUUUGUUCAGGAAAGUGGGUAGGAAUCCCAGUAGUGUGGAGUGUUUCGACCUGGCACAGUCAAACAGUGAACACAGCCGGCAUUGGUUCUUUAAGGGGCGUUUGACGAUUGAUGGUGAAACUAAACAGGAGAGUCUUUUUGACCUGAUCAUGAAGACGCAGGAUUAUAGCAACAAGAACAACAUCAUCAAGUUUUCGGACAACAGCAGUGCGAUCACCGGGAAAGUUGUGAAGUGUCUAUAUCCCAGCAAUCAGUCACGGGCGAGCAAGGUGGAAAAAUGUGAAAGAAUGAGACAUGUAAUCUUCACUGCAGAAACACACAACUUCCCCACAGGUGUCGCUCCUUUCAGUGGUGCUACCACAGGGACUGGAGGUCGUAUCCGUGACAUACAGUGCACAGGUCGAGGAGCACAUACCAUUGCUGGAACUGCAGGCUACUGCUUUGGGAAUCUUCUGUAUCCAGGCUAUGACCUGCCCUGGGAAGACCGGACAUUUGCUUAUCCUGGGAAUUUUGCACGGCCUCUGGAGAUAGCAAUAGAGGCCAGUAAUGGGGCAUCCGAUUACGGAAACAAAUUCGGAGAGCCAGUCCUGGCAGGAUUUGCACGGUCAUUUGGGAUGCUGCUUCCUAAUCAGGAGAGGAGGGAAUGGUUGAAACCAAUUAUGUUCAGCGCUGGGAUUGGAGCCAUUGAAGAUCAGCACAUCCACAAAGAGCAGCCAGAUCCAGAGAUGGAGGUGGUGAAGAUCGGAGGCCCAGUCUAUCGAAUUGGAGUGGGAGGUGGGGCAGCCUCCUCAAUCCAGGUACAAGGAGACAACACAGCAGAGCUGGAUUUUGGAGCUGUGCAAAGAGGGGAUGCUGAGAUGGAGCAGAAGAUGAACCGAGCUUUGCGAGCCUGCAUAGAGAGCCGGGACAAUAAUCCCAUCUGUAGCAUUCACGACCAGGGAGCAGGAGGCAAUGGUAACGUGUUGAAGGAGCUGAGUGAGCCAGCUGGGGCCACAAUUUACACCAGCAAAUUCAAGGUGGGGGAUCCAACUCUGAGUGUGCUCGAGCUGUGGGGAGCUGAGUAUCAAGAAUCAAAUGCUCUUCUAAUGCGCUCCAAGGACUCAGCAUUUCUUCGAGCCAUCUGUGAACGUGAGAAAUGUCCAGUUGAUUUUGUGGGUAAAAUAACAGGAGAUGGAAAGAUUGUGCUGGUUGAUGAUCGGGACACUCCAGUGAAAUCAGAGCUGAACCAACAAGGAAGUCAUCCUGUGGAUCUCCAGCUUGACUGGGUGCUAGGAAAAAUGCCCCAGAAGGAGUUCACAUUGAACCGUAUAAAACCUGACCUUAAACCUCUGGUCCUUCCCGACGAUCUUACAGUGAGGGAUGCUCUGAACCGUGUACUACGAUUGCCGUCUGUGGCAAGCAAGCGAUAUCUGACCAAUAAGGUUGAUCGCUCAGUGACUGGCCUGGUUGCCCAGCAGCAGUGUGUGGGUCCUCUCCACACUCCUUUAGCUGAUGUUGCUGUUGUUGCUCUAUCCUACUUUGACACCGUGGGAGCGGCCACUGCAAUCGGAGAACAGCCAAUCAAAGGUCUGAUUGACCCUGCUGCAGGAGCUCGGAUGGCUGUUGGAGAAGCUCUAACGAACCUGAUGUUUGCACGUGUGACUGAACUGAGCGAUGUAAAGUGUAGCGCUAACUGGAUGUGGCCUGCCAAGUUGCCAGGUGAGGGGGCUGCCCUGUAUGAUGCCUGCAAGGCAAUGUGCCUCACCUUGUCUGAACUCGGCGUUGCAGUUGAUGGUGGGAAGGACUCUUUGAGUAUGGCCGCUCGUGUGGGGGAAGAGACUGUGAAGGCCCCAGGCUCCCUUGUGAUCUCGGUUUACGCUGUGUGUCCUGAUAUCACCUGCACUGUGACCCCCGACUUGAAAAAUCCCCACGGACAGGGGCAGCUCCUGUAUGUCCCAGUCACUCCUGGUCAGUACCGGAUGGGAGGAGGUGCAUUGGCUCAGUGCUAUUCGCAGCUUGGAAAUGUGUGUCCAGACAUGGACAGCCCACAGUAUCUGGUCUCCUGCUUCGGAGUCACCCAGCAGCUUCUGGAGGAGCGAAUGCUGAGUGCAGGUCAUGAUGUCAGUGACGGGGGACUGCUCACAUGUCUGCUUGAGAUGGCCAUUGCGGGAAACUGUGGUAUGGAGCUUGACAUUUCGAACAGCGAUGCCAGCGUGAUUGAACUGUUGUUUGCUGAGGAGCUGGGUUUGGUGUUGGAGGUGUCUGAGACAGCUGCAGACCAAGUGAGUGCUCGGUACAGAGCAGCUGGCCUUCAGUGCUGGAGAAUUGGGUCAACCACUGAGCAAGGCCCUCAGAGUAAGAUAACACUGCGAGUGAAUGGGGAAGAAGUUCUGUCGGAAAGAACAGCCGUUGUCCGAUCCUGGUGGGAGGAAACUAGUUUUCGGCUGGAGAGGCUACAAUGUAAUAGGGCUUGUGUAGAGGAGGAAGAGAACAGCUUGAUGCAUCGCACUGCUCCCCAGUACAGACUCUGCUUCCAGCCAGCAAACAGACUCAGCCUAUCAACCACCUUAGCAGAUUUGCCACAGCCACGAGUAGCAGUGAUCCGUGAAGAGGGAAGUAAUGGUGACAGAGAGAUGGUGGCAUCCCUUGUCAUGGCUGGAUUCCAGGUUUGGGAUGUGACAAUGACAGAUAUUUGUGCAGGAAUGAGCUUGGACUCUUUCCGUGGAGUAGUGUUUGUUGGAGGAUUCAGUUAUGCGGACGUCCUCGGCUCGGCAAAAGGUUGGGCAGCAACAGUACGAUUCAAUCCUGCUGCCCGUGCUGAGUUUUCUCGGUUCCGUUGUCGACGGGAUACCUUCAGCCUGGGAGUGUGCAAUGGAUGUCAGCUUAUGGCGCUGCUCGGUUGGGUGGCUUCUGACAUUGGUUCAGAUCCAGUGGACGAUGGUGAACUGCGCCAGGGUGUUUUGCUGACCCGCAACCGGUCCAGGCGUUUUGAGUCACGCUUUGUCACAGUGACCAUUUUGGAGAGCUGCUCAAUCCUGCUGCAGGGAAUGGAAGGCUCGACACUGGGCAUCUGGGUGGCCCAUGGAGAAGGUGAGAGACUGUUGUGUUAUGCUGUACCCUGUGCUAUACGUGGCUGCAAGAUGCAAUAUGUCUGA